UCUACAAGUAGGAGUUUGGAAACAUUCAUCGACUUUAUCAUUUAUCUUUGAUUCUGACAUUGCUUUUACGGCGUGUGUGGAUAUUUUGACUUAAGCUUCUUUCGUUCGUAAGCUUUGGAUAGUAUCUUUCUUUUGCCAAAAUGCGUCUGAUCCAGAACAUGUCAACUAUUGCGGAGUACCCAAGCGCCGAGUGCCCGUCCAGCCGGGUCAUUAAGAUCGCAGUCAUCGGCGGCAGUGGGGUUGGCAAAACAGCAUUGGUGGUUCGUUUCCUCACUAAGCGGUUCAUUGGCGACUACGAGAGAAACGUUGGCAACCUGUACUCCAGAGAAGUGCAGAUAGACGGAGAACAAGUGGCCAUUCAAGUUCAAGACACUCCUGGAGUUCAAGUGAAUGCUAAUGGAUUGAGUUGCACUGACCACGUGUCACGCUCUAUUCAAUGGGCAGAUGCUGUAGUUAUGGUGUAUUCAGUUACUGACCGCAAAAGCUUCGAUCUCAUUGGCCAGCUUCACCAGCUUGUAACCCGCACUCAUUCUGAUAGGUCCAUACCGAUCAUCCUAGUAGCUAAUAAAGCCGAUCUCCUCCAUGUGAGGCGCGUAGAUGCUCAAGAAGGUCCCGUGCUGUCUUCAGCGUUGAGCUGCUCCUUCUAUGAAGUAUCCGCCAGCGAGGACUACAACCAGGUCCACAGUGCCUUCCACAGACUGUGCGUGGAUCUGGCCAAACUGCAACCUCAGACGCCCAUCAAUGCAGCUUCAUCUGUAACAGAGAAGAAAAGAUCUCCCCUCAUCCCACGGCCCAAAUCCCCGAACAUGCAAGACCUGAAGAGGCGCUUCAAACAGGUGCUGUCCGCCAAAGUCCGCACUGUCACUUCAGUGUGAACACGGUUCCAGUACUAGUUGGAAAAAGUGCAGGAUUACGAGAGAGAAGAGGAGCAGAUCUCCAGAGCAGAGAUGCUGAAUGUGUAGGUCUCACUCCUUGGACCAUCCUGAAAGCUGCUGAUGAUCAGUAGACCGGUUCCAAACAGAGGCCUCCGAAACCUGACCUCUGAUUGUGUCAUGUUUGCUGAAAUAAACAAAAACAGUGUGGUGAAAGCUUAUAUUUUCACUGGAGAGGUGAACGCCUUUGUUGCUGUUGCUGCAGACACAACAGGAUUCUGGGAGAUGUGGUUGUAACGCCUUAAAAUGGGACAGAGCAAAGACAGAAUGACUGAACGGAGACGCUAUCAUUAACACUCUGUCUUACCUGUGAACUUUUUAAGAUGCGUUCUCUUGGCAACAGAGAGCUGGUGAAGGCCGCUAAACAGACUGUUUUAGAAAUGGCUUUUCUGAAAGGCAUGGGAGAGGGUUUUUUUUUGUUCCUUCUGGUGGGCAAGGCUUUUACGGUCUGAAUGCAGGCAUUGUUAAAGGACAAGGCACUCAAGCUAAGCAUAUAAAAGGAGACCGAGAGUAUGUGUAUCUCUUACAGUCCUACUCUUGUGUGCAAUGCCAGAAUGUUUCUACUGGUUUUGUGAAAAACGUUGCUUUGUGCCACUUUUUAAAAGUGGAGAAGGAUUUUUUUUUAAAUGUAAACGCACUUUAAAAAAGCCAAAGGGCUGAAGCUCAGUUAUUUAUUUGUUAUUUGAUUGUGAUGGGGAAAUAAAAAGUUGUUAACCUA